AUGGGGGCCCCUGGUGACAGUUUCCACACUCCUCGGGCAUCUCCACUGAGUGAUGCUCCAGAUUUCAUCCCUGGUAUCCCCCAACUCCUCCCUGCUUCAUCUCAACCUUCCCCUGCAGCCCCAGUUUCAUCUCCACCUCCAAUCCCAGUCCUCACACCCAGUGGGAAGAAAGCACCAUCAUCAGGACCCCCUCCUGAUUGGAAGCCUCAUCCACCAGUCGGCUCUAACAGCUCUACCAUUGGCCCUGGAUUUAGCCCGCUGCACAACAAGUCAGGAAGUACUGUGGGUAGAGGACAAGCUGCUUUGGGGAGGAAUGGGGGUCCUCCUACUUCAACGACUCGCCCUCCAGUCUCGAAGACUGUUGCCAUCAGCCCCACAAAGAGCACCUCCUCUCAGUGUAGUGCCUCACCUGUGGGGGGUCUCUCCUCUAACUGGAGGGAAAGAGACAGUGGUCCCAGUCAGUCUUUACUGCCCGCUCAGGGGCCUGUGGACAGCCAGGGAGAGGAGCUAGAGAAGCUGCUGAGGGAGUGUAAGACGACACUGGGUAUCACUGCCAGUCAGGAGGGGGCCACAAACACUGCAGGGAUACUGAAUCAUCUACUGACAGAAGUGAAGAGUUUGAAGGGUACUUUACAGACGGAGCGCGGGGAAUGGCUGCAGUUCCAGGCAGACCUACAGGUGGCGGUGUCAGUGGCGGACCGUCUAAGAGCUGAGGCAGAAGAAGAGCUCACCGCGAUCCGAACAGCGCACAGAGAUGUGGAGAGGGAGCUGACCGCUUCCCAGCAGAGACUAAAGGAGGCUGAUGUGCAACUAGUCACCCUGAGAGGGGAGUUAAAGGAGAGCCAGCAGAGACAGGCCACUCUCGCCCGGGCUCCAUGUCAGGAAGCAGAGAGGCCCAAUGGACAACCAACCGACAGCUGUGAAAGCAAAGAAGGGACCCAGAGAGGCAGGGAGAAGGGGGCGUUCAGGUCGGGGUUGGAGAGUAGGAGUCAGAAUGAGAUGACAAAGAAUACUGUGAGCGAGGAGGCCAGGACAGACUCUAAAGGUGUGACUCAGCGUUACCUGAGAAAUGUGACCAAUGAGGACAGGUGUGGAGAGGAGGUGCGAACCAGCGAGACACGAAGGACGGUCACUACAGAGAGGUCAAGAAGCCUGUCCAGAUUACCGGCCCCCUCAGUAUCCCCCACCGGGCCGAAUGGAACCCUUCAGCCCAAUACUGCCUCAACGCUUGGACCUUCAAACAAGAACUCGGUGCAACCAAAAGGCAGAAGAAGUCUGGAUUGGCAAGACAGCAGGUCAAGCUCCGACACAGGAAGACGUGAGGAGUCUCUGAACAAAUACAACUCUGCCCUCACUGAGCUUCCUCCCACCAAAUCCCAGGAUGGUUUCAACAUGCUGCUGCGUCGCCAUGGAGGCUCGAAGAGAAACUCUCUGCUCCGCUGGUGUCAGAGUCGGACACAAGGUUAUAAGAAUAUCGACAUCACCAACUUCAGCAGCAGCUGGGCCGACGGUCUGGCCUUCUGUGCCGUGUACCACACCUACCUCCCCUCACACAUCCCCUACACCAGCCUCACUCCAGAGAACAAGAAGGAGAAUCUCAGUAUGGCAUUCAAAACAGGAGAGACGGUUGGGAUUGCACCAACCCUGAUGGUAGAGGAGAUGCUGAGAGGAGGCGGUCCUGACUGGCAAAGGGUCCUGAGCUACGUGGAGAGCAUCUACCGUCACUUUGAGAUGUGACCCUCGGAGAUACUGACAGACAACUCUAACACAGCGGAUCCUUAAGAACUCUUAAGAAGAUAUAAAAUAAUUUGUUUAUAACGAUGGCCCCCCCUGAAAACAUAACUUUUGUUGUGUUUCUGAAAUAAUUUUCUUAGCAAAAAAAGACAUUCAAAUCUACAGUUUGACAUCAAAAUACCUGACGAAAACCUGAUCUCACAAAAUAAGAAAAAUCUGCUUUUUUGCUGCUAUGACUUACAGUUCAUUUUGCUUGGUUUUCUGUCAAACGUUUUGAAAAUGUCCCACUGAAGUGGAGAGUAAUACCUUGUCACUUUUGUAAGCAAUCUUAUAUUAUUCAUAUACUUAAGCAGCUGAAAUUUCAAUACAUAAGUAUGAAGUCUCAAGAGUUCAGACACAGUACAAGUACUGUAGAUGUCUUAACUGAGAAGGAGGGGAAAGACUAAUAAAACACUUAUUUAUUACUAAUUGGGCCUCAUUGAACAACAUUCAACACUGAUUAAUGAAUGAAUAAUCAGUGUGGCUGAUUGUUUAUCAUUUGCCCCCAUUACACUUUGUAAAAGCAGGUGUUGUGCCAUGUGCAAUGAAUCGGUGAGAUGCCACUAAAAGACCUUUAGGAAGCAGUAGGUUGAAGAACUAAUAAUAUUAUCAUCAUAAUUACUGAAAAAUAAUCUUAAUUUGAUAAUUAAAUAUUCAUGUUUUUUAUGUUUUUCAAACUCAAAACGUAUGUUUCCUAACAAUUUGUGAACUGUGAGGACAAGAUAUUUUUAUCUUAUCUUGCCAAGAGUUAUCUUGACUGCCAAUUACAUUUCAUUUUCAUUAAGAGCAAAUAAAUCCCAGAAAUCAACUGGCACGAAUAAAACAAGAGUACAUUUUAUAGAAUUAUGAGGAAUUUAUUUGUACAAGUACAGUUGCUGUCAAUGUCUCCACACUGGUACUUCACUUCCCAAAAGUAGUGUAUCGCAUUGUGUACCUUCAUCAAAUCUGUAAGCAGUCUUAAAACUGCACACUUUUUAUCUGCCAAUGUUUUGUUUUGCCUCCUGUCUGUGAUGCUCUGCCAAGAUUCUUCUUUUAUUCUGGCACUCUGUAAAUAUGCACUUUUGUCAGCACCUUGUUGGUGUUUGAAUGUAAUAAUGUACAAUACAGAUGUUACGUAACUGCAUAACAGGUUCUAAAUAGAGCAUAAACAAAUACAAGCCUACACAGGCUUACGCAAACUUGCAACAUCACCUCGCAUCACACCUGAAGCCUCACAGAUGCACCCUCGUACUACACCGGGGCUAAGAAACUGAAGAGCUGGUGCUGUUUUGACAAGUUCAAAGCCGAGUUAUUUUUGCCAAAGUUGUACAUGUCUAAAAUAUUGGAAAGAAUACUACUUUUCUUGUGGAAAUGGAGCAUUGUAAAACAUGUUUAUAUGUAACUAGUGUGAAGAAUUACACCAAAGAAAUAAAAUGUUAAUAUGAAGCAAC